AUGCUGACUCCUCUCAAACAGCCGAUUGUGUUUGAACUUGAAGGCUUCUAUAUACCACCAGGGUUUGGCCCUCUGCUGUUCUUCCUGGCUCUGUUAACCUAUCUUGUGGUGCUUUUGGGGAAUGGUGUGGUGGUGUUUGUUAUAGUUAACGAUAAGAACCUGCACAGACCCAUGUUUGUAAUGGUGUGCCACCUGCUAGUCUGUGAUCUUUUGGGGGCCACAACAGUGCUACCUCGCAUCAUGAUGCACUUUUUGACCGGGCAGAAGAAGAUUGCAUACAUCCCGGCUAUCACCCAGGCCUUCUUCAUGCACACUUAUGGGGUUGCAGUACAAACUAUUCUGGCUGCGAUGGCCUACGACAGGUACAUAGCAGUGUGUGAACCUCUCAGGUAUUACGCCAUCAUGACCUCAGCUCGGCUGCACUCCUGCUGCGCCCUUGCCUGGUUCCUUGCUGUUGUGCUCAUUGCUGUGCUCUUUGGCUUCCACAUGAAUGUCCCGUUGUGUGGUCGAAUCAUCCAGCAUGUUUACUGCAGCAACCGGGGUAUCCUAGGCCUGGCCUGCAUUCCCACCCCUACCAGUGACAUCUAUGGUCUGUCCAUGACCUGGUCUGUGAGUACAGGGAUGUUCCUCAUCAUUGCUUUUUCCUACAUCAGGAUCCUGUGUGCUUCGGUAAAACAAGGCAGAACUGAUAGUAGAAUUCGCAGCAAGGCCUUUCAAACUUGUGCUUCUCAUCUUGUUGUGUAUGUGCUUUUUGAAAUAGCUUCACUGACCAUAAUUGUAAGUUAUAGGUUCCCUUUACUCUCCCAAAACAUAAAGAAGUUCUUAAGCAUUCUAUUCAUCAUUGUCCCACCAGCCAUCAACCCCAUUAUUUAUGGAGUGGUCAGUAAAGACUUGCGCAUGAGCAUCAUUAGACUCGUAACCAUACAAGCAAGUCACAGAAGUCGAUGAACUCAUGUGGUGAAAUAGGAACUUGUCUGUACAGGACAAGGGUUCCCUGCAUAUCAGAUACACAGCUGUUUUUGGUCUGCUCGAACAUGUCUACUGUUAUUAUGGUCAACCUACUGUGUCUUUG